AGAAUCCAUAAGGAACAAAUCAAAAGUAAAAAACAACCCUAUUAAAAAAUAAGUACUCCGUGCCACUCCCAGUCACAGUCUCCCGCGCCUUGUUCAGCUCCAACAUGGCAAAAAUCUCCAGUCCUACAGAGACUGAGUGGUGCAUUGAGUCCCUGAUUGCUAUUUUCCAGAAGUAUGCUGGAAAGGAUGGUUACAACUGCAGUCUCUCCAAGACGGAGUUCCUAAGCUUCAUGAAUACAGAGCUGGCUGCCUUCACAAAGAACCACAAGGACCCCAGUGUCCUUGACCACAUGAAGAAACUGGAUGUCAACAGUGAUGGGCAGUUAGACGUCCCAGAAUUUCUUAAUCUGAUUGGUGGCAUAGCUGUAGCUUGCCAUGACUCCUUCCUUAAGGCUGUCCCUUCCCAGAAGUGGACCUGAGGACCCCUUGGGCCUGGCCUUCAAACCCACCCCCUUUCUUUCCAGCCUUUCUGUCAUCAUCUCCUCCUCACAGCUCACACGUCCCCUGAGCCCAGCACACCCACCACAUCAUGCACGCCCCACCUGUGGAUAGUAAUAAACCAAUGUCACUUUUUUAAAAUAUGAAAAAAAAAGUGGGUGAGGACAUGAACACAAAUUUCUCAAAAUUAGACAUUUAUGUGGCCAUCAAUCAUAUGAAAAAGUGUUCAACAUCACUAAUCAUUAGAGAAAUGCAAA